AACAAUCAGAAACUCAGAGCUGUUUUAUCACCUCAGGCUUUCUGCUUCUUUUUCUUCUUCUUCUUCUUCUUGCUCCAAACAAAACCCUAGAAACCUCAAUUUCCUAACCAAAAAAAAAAAAAAAACAUUUUUAUUGUUAUUAUUAUUUAUUUAUUUAUUAUUGGGUUUUCAAGAAGCAAUGGCCUCAGUUAUGAAGCCGUCGUCGCGCUACAGUUCCUACGAUUCUCGCUCCUCAACAUCCUCUCACUUCUCCGACCCAUCUUCUUCUUUGGAGUUCAAGCUCAAAUCCAAUAUCUCCUCCGGCCACACUUCCUCCUCCUCCGGUGCCCUCGUCAAAUCCAAGCCCUCCGAUCUCUCCAAGCCCAAAUCCAAGCCAUCCGAUCCCAACUUCACCACCAUGGUCAAGAAGUUCAUGGAGAAGAGGUCUACUAUGUCUUCAAAAACCAAAGUGGAUCAUCAUCGGGCCGGUUUGGUCAUUCCGUCCGAUUUAAUCGCCGAGGACUUGAAGAAGACUGCGAGGAAGGGGAACAAUUUCGGAACUUUGCAUAGAAAACUGUUCGGGAAAGGAACGCCGUCGUCGGAGAAGGAGAAGGGGAAGAAGGAACUGAAGGCUUUGACAGAGGUGAAAGGGAACACGAGGACACUGGCUAUGGUUUUGAGGAGUGAGAGGGAGCUUUUGAGUCAGACUAAGGAACAGGAAUUGGAGAUCGCUGACCUCAAGUUGAUGCUUGAGGACAAGAACAGAGAGGUGGAGAAAUUGAAGGAUUUGUGCUUGAAGCAAAGGGAGGAAAUCAAGGCAUUGAAGAAUGCAGUAUUAUUCCCUGAUGUUAUGAAUCCUGAGCUUCAAGAUGUAUUGGAGAAGCAGAGCUCAGAGCUGAAGCAAGCUAAACAGUUGAUCCCAACACUUCAAAGGCAGGUCACUUCUCUCACUGGUCAGCUACAAUCCCUAGCUGAGGAUCUUGCUGAGGUGAAGGCUGAUAAAUAUUCAGCAAGGGCUCGUUUUCAACACCACGACAGUUCUCCAAGAACACCAACAUAUAAUCGGGAAGGGGCAUCAGAUUCUUUGGAGUAUAGCUCUGGUGAUCCAACCAGCCCCAGAAGUCCAGAUGACAUGUUUCUCAAGGAUUUAAAUCCUUGUUUGACACCCUAUUUUGCUAAAAGAAGAUCCAAGGAAUUCCACGCAAUGGGAUAUGCUGAUUCUCCAGAUGAUAAAAACUUAUCAGAAAUCGAAAUGGAGUUUGGAUUUAACUCUUCAAGGAAGUUGUCCAAAAGUUCUGAUUGUUGCCAGCAUCCUAAAACGGAAACUACAAUGCCCAGAGCAGCUCGAAGAUCAGACGAAACAAAAUGCAUAUAUGGAAAACAAAUGCACCAUAAACUUUAUUGACUCAUUUCUCUCACCUUCUCAUUUGUGAAUCAUAUGUAUUUCUCCUCUCUUUCUCUUCUGUUUCUUUUAUUGUUAUUAUUAUUACCUUUGUCAGGUUGUAUGGACCAUAAUUCUGGUCAGGUUCAAUAUACUCUCAUGCAUAAGAUAGGCCGACCAGAAAUGUAAGGCUCUCGUCACAAGCAUAAGAAAUUACAAGUAGACAAUAUUGUACAAGUUGUCGAUUUUGAGACGAGCCCUUUUAAGGUCCUCAUGAGAAAAGCUUUGAUUUGUAUGGGCUGCAUUAUUACUUUUUGGCAGGAAGGUAUUUUGUUUUUCUUGCCACUGUUUAUUACGGUUCUGUAUGACAAAUGGCAAGGAAAUUUGGAAAUGUUAUAGAAGCAUUUGUGAACACUAGCCA